UUGAGUGGAGAUUCCUCCUUCUGCACAUGGGACUUUCCAGAAGGAUCACAGCUCCUUCCAUGCAGCCACAUGGCCUGUCCCCAUUCAAGCCUUCCCAGCCCCAGACAGAGGGUGUCCUGGAUGCUGGCUCCCAGGGGCGCGUCCCUGGCUCUCCGGAGAGGGAUGGCUGUGUGGUCCCUGUGGUUUCCCCUUCUCUGGGCAGCACCACUUCCUGUCGCGGUUACUGGUGCCCAAGUGCAGGGCCAGGUGGGGGGCUCGGUGCUGCUGGCGGCAGAGUGCCACCCUGGCUUCCAAGUCCGAGAGGCCAUCUGGCGGUCUCUCUGGCCCUCAGAGGAGCUCCUGGCCACGUCUUUCCGGGGCUCCCUGGAGACUCUGUACCACUCCCGCUUCCUGGGCCGCACCCAGCUGCACCGCAACCUGAGCCUGGAGCUCGGGCCGCUGGAGUCUGGAGACAGCGGCAACUUCUCUGUGUUGCUCGUGGAAAGUGGAGGCCGGGCCUGGACCCAGAUCCUGCAGCUCAAGGUGUAUGAUGCAGUACCCAGGCCCAUGGUACAAGUGUUCAUUGCUGUAUCUCAGCCCCCCAAGACCUGCCAGGCAUUCCUGUCCUGCUGGGUCCCCAACAUCAGUGACAUAACCUAUAGCUGGCGACUGGAGGGGUCCAUUGACUUUGGUAUCAAGCCAUAUGGCCUCUUCACGGAUGGUCAGGUGUUGAGGGUUUCGCUGGGACCAGAAGACAAGGGCAUGGCCUUUUCCUGCAUUGUCUCCAACCCCGUCAGCUGGAAUUCGACUAUAGUCACCCCCUGGGAGAGCUGCCAUCAUGAGGCAGGGAAGGCCUCCUACAAGGAUGUGCUGCUGGUGGUGGUGCCUGUCUUGCUGCUUCUGAUCCUGACUGGUCUCUCUGCCUGGUACUGGGGCCCCUGCUCAGGGAGAAAGAAGAAGGAUGUCUGUGCUGAUGAAGUCGUUCUACAGACAGAGAACCCCCUUGUAUAGGGUCUGCCAUGAGGGAGGAGAUAAACUGAUGUGGGACCAUGAGGAACCCCACUGCCCAGGCACAUGAUGGUCCAGGAUACAGUUGGUGCCUGGAAGAUACCAUGGUCCUCGAAGCUCCUGUGAGACUCCGUUCCACUUUCCAGGGGCACCUGGGCAGCUGUCACAUUGGAAGGACAGAAAACAUUGGUACAACCUUCCACACUCUCCCUUCCAUCUCCCUUUAUUGCGUGCCCUGGCUUUGGUCUGGGCAAAAUGGGCCAAAGAAGAUAUUCCCUAAAGGACACUGGACAUUCCUCAGGACCCACAGGGGCAGUGACUGUCCAGGGCAUUUACCUCGCACCGCUGUAUUUGUUGAAAUCCUAACCCCCAUUUCUCAAAAUAUGACUAUUUGGAGAUAGGGCCUUUAAAGAUAUGGUUAAGGUUAAAUGAAGUCAAUGGAAUAGGGCCCUCAUUUAAUAUGCCUGGCGUCCUUAUAAGAAGAAGGAACGACACCAGAAGUGCACACACACAGAGAAACAGCCAUGGGAGGACACAGAGAGAAUGAAGCCAAAGAAUGAGGCCUCCGUAGACACCAAACCAACUGAUACAGUGAUCUUGGACUUCCGGUGUCCAGAACUGUGAGAAAAUAAAUGUCUGCUGUGUCAGUCACCCGGUCAGUGGUACCUUGUUAUGCUAGCCCUGACAGACUACCCUGCAGCAAAGGAUUGCUCCAGCCUGGGUCCCAGGCUUUAGGAGACAUUAGACCUCUGAGCUAACUGUGACCCUGAAUCUCCCACUUCCAGCCCCAGCCCCAAGCUCCUGCAGUUUGAGAUCCCGAUGCUUCCUGAUGACCAAGGCAUUGUCAUAAGAAAAGGUCUAGAAAUAGGUGAAGGACAAGGGUUUCUCUUUCUGACCUGAAAAGCUUUCAGAUCAUCUGAGUUCAUGACCCUCAAAGGUAAUGUACAGUUAUAGACCAUCAAAGGGCGGUUUCUAUCUCAUGGUUGGGAUGGGUGCCAUUUUAGAGGAAGACCUUUUUGUAGAUAACUUCACCAUCUCUGUUAACUAUCGUGUCUCCUACAGGAUCUGGGGGUGGGACUUGAAAUUCUUGCUUUCAGUGACAAAAAAAAAAAAGAUAUUAAAUUUGCCCCAGCCAAAGUUUUUGCACAACUUCAAGAAAAGCAGCUCACCCGGCCAGUUUGGCUCAGUGAAUAGAUCAUCGGCCUGCGGACUUAAAGGUCCUGGGUUCAAUUCCUGUCAAGGGCACAUGCUUGGAUUUCGGGCUUGAUCCACAGUGUGGAUUGUGCAGGAGGCAGCUGAUCAGUGAUUCUCUCUCAUCAUUGAUGUUUCUAUCUCUCUAUCCCUCUC